AUGCUAAUGGUUUGUUUUUUUCAUAUUGAUGGCAUGGUGUCUUUAAAGGCUGUUGAAGUCACUGGAGAAGUGAAUUCAUGGGCUGAGAAGGAGACUAAUGGUCUUAUCAAAGAAGUUUUUUCUGGUGGAUCAGUCGAUGCUUCAACCAGGCUCAUAUUUGCCAAUGCUCUCUACUUCAAGGGAGCUUGGAGUGAAAAAUUUGAUGCAUCAAAAACUAAAGACCAUGAUUUUCAACUUCUGAAUGGAAGCUCAGUUAAAGUGCCCUUCAUGACCAGCAAGAAGAAGCAGAUGGUCGGAGCAUAUGAUGAUUUCAAAGUCCUAAGGCUGCCAUAUAAACAAGGAGCAGAUAAUCGCAGUUUCUCCAUGUACUUCUUUCUCCCAAAUGCAAAAAACAGUCUGCCAGCUUUGGUAGAAAAAGUGAGUUCUGAAUCAAGAUUCUUGGAACGGCAUGUUCCAUUCCAACCUGUAGAAGUGGGUGACUUCAUGAUCCCAAGGUUCAAAAUUUCCUUUGGAUUUGAAGCUUCCAAAGUUCUCAAGGGACUAGGACUUGUGCUGCCUUUCUCUGAUGAAGGAGGCUUGACAGAGAUGGUGAAUUCACCUCUAGAUCAGAAACUGGAUGUUUCAAGCAUAUUCCACAAGUCUGUCAUAGAGGUUAAUGAGGAAGGCACAGAGGCAGCAGCUGCUUCUGCUGCUGUUAUAAAGCUCAGGGGAUUGCUUAAUGAGGAUAAGAUAGACUUUGUGGCUGACCACCCAUUCUUGUUCCUCAUCAGAGAAGAUGCAACUGGAGUCGUGCUGUUCAUUGGACAAGUGCUCAAUCCCCUUAAAGACUGAAACCUGCACAGAAGAUUGAAUAAUUUCUGGUUGAUAUUAGUGUAUUUUGAGUGUGGAUCUCUGGCCCCUUUUGGUCAGUUAUGAUUUCCUGGAGUCUCUUUCCUCCCUUAAUGCCCCUGUAAAAAUAAAAUCUAUUAUUAGUUAGCAGUAGACAUAGUUAUGAUCUUGCGGAAUAUGGACUCUAGCUUUUUACUAGUUGAUCCAUAUCAUCUUAUUCCCAAAGUUCUCUUUGUUGUCCCUCUGCCUUUCUAAAUUCUUGUCGAUGCAAACUCUGGUGAUGUGAGCUUACUAUAGCAGACAGAAUGAGCAAAUAU